AUGCCAAUCGAAAUCAGCUGGCGUCGUAAUGUGCAAGCGGCUUUAGAUGCCGAGAACCUGGUAGCGGAUGACAGUCAGAAUACAACAUUGAGUCUAAGAUCUUUUGAUGAAAGCGUCCAUACUGGCUUUCAAAUGGUUACCAAGAGUGGUCCGUUGUGUGGAGAGCCAAUGAUGGGGGUUGUGUAUUUCGUUGAUGAUUUUACAGUAAAUGUCGAUGAAAACAAUGCAGAUGUAAGGUCGCAGCUAGCUGGACAGAUUAUGACGACGAUGAGAGAUGCAUGUCGACAGGCUUUCCUUGAAUGGUCUCCUAGGCUGAUGCGUGCCAUGUAUUCAUGUGACAUACAGACAACAACUGACGUGCUUGGGAAGGUAUAUGCAGUAAUUGCUCGUCGAAAAGGCAAAAUUGUUUCUGAAGAGCUCAAAGAAGGGACAUCAUUCUUUUCGAUCCAUGCUCUUUUGCCUGUGGUAGAGAGCUUUGGAUUUGCAGAAGAGAUGAGAAAAAAGACCUCGGGCGUUGCUAGUCCACAACUAAUAUUCAGCGGUUUUGAAAUGUUGGACGAAGAUCCAUUCUGGGUUCCUACUACGGAAGAAGAGUUAGAGGACUUGGGAGAGAAGUCAGACCGAGAGAACUUGGCAAAAAAAUAUAUGGAGAGUGUCAGAAAGCGCAAGGGUAUGUUUAUUGAAAAGAAGAUAGUGGAACAUGCUGAGAAACAGAGGACACUGAAGAAGUAG